UUAUUACAAAUAUCAGCCGUUCAUUAGGGUUUCACAUUCACAGUGCAUUUUGGAGCAAACGUUUUCUGAGCCGCAGCCAUGGUGAACGUACCAAAGACAAAGAAGACUUUCUGCAAGUCGAAGGAGUGCAAAAAGCACACCCUGCACAAGGUUACCCAGUACAAGAAGGGUAAAGACAGCUUAGCUGCUCAGGGGAAGAGGCGUUAUGACCGCAAGCAAUCUGGUUAUGGUGGUCAGACCAAGCCUGUUUUCCACAAGAAGGCUAAGACAACUAAGAAGAUUGUGUUGAGGCUGCAGUGCCAGAGCUGCAAGCAUAUGUCCCAGCACGCGAUCAAGAGGUGCAAGCAUUUCGAGAUUGGUGGGGACAAGAAAGGAAAGGGAACUUCGCUGUUUUAAGUGCAUCUGUUCGGAAAUUGGAACUAUUGGCUUUUUGCAUCGUUUUGUUGAACUAUGGAAAUGUUCUUGCUGUUUUAGAUUUAUGUUUGUUGAAAUCUCGGAUAUCGUAUAACUCGGUUUUGUGUUUACUUUAUUGGAUUAUGAUUUAUUUUCAGUAGUUAAUUAACGUCGUCACUUUACAGUUC